GUUGUGUUGCUGUUUUGUAUUCGUCUGACGUAGUAGCAGUGAAGUCGUGCCGUGGAAUGCGCGACAAUAGAGCAUGCGUCUAUAAUGUACCGCGAAAAAGUUAACAUUCUCGCGCGAGAGUUUCUUGUACUUUAAAAACUGUGUGAAUUUAUGUGACAAGAAACUUGUGGUUUAAUAUUUGCGCAAUAGACUUUUAUUGUGUGUGGUAUUUAUCUUGUAACUGGAUAAUAUUAAAACAAAAAUAUACGGCUAGUUUGAAGGUGUCGAGAUAUUUUGAUUCAGUUUUCGAAGAAAUAUUUACAAAGUCAAGAUGUCGAAUUUUCAACGUACACGCAGCAAAGUAUGGUGGGGUGACUCACCGCCGAACAUCGGAAGCCCAGUGGCGCCACAGCCCGCGUGGAACCAAAACAAUAGGAGAGAAGAACAAGACUGGGAACCUCAGCUACCGCAUUGGAUAGCUAACCAACCAGAACAGAGGAACAAUAGCGCUGAUAAUAUAGCAGAACCUAAUAAUGUGCAAAUUAAUCAGUGGCCACUUCGCCACGGUAGUCCCGGCAGUCACAAAAGCCAAGACUCUGGCUUCUCAGAUUCUGACAGCUCCCCACCGACUUUACAAUACUACCCACCGGCAGAUAACAGUAAUUCCACAGUGAAAUCCGCGAACAGCAGUGAUUCAAAUAACAAUGAAAAUAUUACCGUGAAACAUGCGGUCGAUUUACAAAACACAGAACAUAGCAGAGAUGUUGUUGACAAUUCCAGAUCGUCAGACAAUAUUAGUAAUGAAGCGCCGAUUCCGAAGCCAAGAUUACGAAGUAGCAGUGUUAUACAAACACCAUACGAUUUACAAAAGUACUACGAAGUACACACAGACGAGGAACAUAUGGACUUGCUGAAGGAUAACGACAAAGAAAACGAUAAAAGCGAACCGAAGUAUCCAGCUCCGACAAAUAUUAAUAAAAAUUAUGAAAAAGAUAAUUCUAAAAAGAUGAUCGAUAAAACAAUUGGACCGAAGCUGAAUAAAAUAGAAAAUAAGAAAAUGAAUAACGUAAAUCCUACUAUUAACAAACGUACAAUCCAAAAAGAUACCAAAGAAGUACCAAGUAAUAAUGUAAAUAUAAUAAGUCCUUCGAAAAAAUAUCCAGUAAAGAAAAAUUUCGUUUCGAGUACUAAUAGUGAUAAUUCUAAUAUCAUUAAAGUAGCCAAAGUUAAGGACUUAGAAACAAGCAAGAAUAAAUCGGAUGAAAGUUUAGAAUACAUAAAGUUAUCUCAUGACAAUGAAAUUGCAGUACAUAAUCAACCAAGAGUCCGAACACCCAUUUCUAACGUAUCUUAUGUACCAACAGAAAGAAUAGCAACAGUAAAACCUGAUUACAAAAGGAGUAAUUCAAACGAAGAACCCAUUUGUACUACACCGAAAUUCCAAAGAAAUAGACUUAAUCAAUCCUUAAACUUUGAAGCUCAGAGACUUGAUCAACAAAUAUUAGACAUUCAAGGCGGUUAUCAUUCGCUAGGAUACAUAGACGAAGACGAAUCAAUUAAAGAUAUACAAAACCAAACGGAGCCAAUGCACAAACCGACCAAAGCAUUAUUAGGUAAAAACAUUAUGGACAGUCUUCACUUAAAGCCGAACAAGAAAGUAGGCCCAAAGGCAAAACAGAGAAUGGUCAAAGCUGAAAGAACAAAGGAUAUCUUUAGAAUAUUUCCCAGUAAGAAAGAAAAGCCAGGAGUAGUCGACAGUCACGCUGGAGGAGUUUUGAAUGGAAGCAGAGUUCCUUCACUAGGUCUACCGAGAUCUACUGAACAAAAUUCUUGGGUUAUCGUCGGUCAUCCUGAGAAGGAAUUACUUAUACCUAAUUACACUGAAAGAUUGGUUGCUACAGAAAGUGAUAUUAACUUAAAAUCAAAAGACAAUGAAGAAGAAAUCAAUUACGUAAAAACUAGAAGAGUAACUCCACCACCACAAUUUAGAGACAAACAGAAAAUACCUUAUGAUUCCGACUCAAAAUCGGAUAAAGAUUUAACACACGAUUCUAAAAGAGAGAAAUUAAAAUAUGACAUAGAUUUUACAGAUUUGCAAUUAAACUUCGCAUGUACUUCGACACCAAAAAUGAUAGCACCACAAGAGUUUUUGAAUAAUCCUCAAACACCGAAAAGUAAUAAGAAAAAUUCUUGUAGAGUUAAUUUGAUAGGCGAUUUUAAUGGCGGCUUGGUUUUAAACAAUCAAAACGAAAUAUUAUACAGAGAAAGAAGCAUAGAUCAAACAACACUAGAACGAUUAUGUGACCGUAAACCAGAACCGGUGCAGUAUUGGUUGUGCGAUCUGAUUAGUUCCAAUGAGAAUGAAUGUAUGACGACACUACAGAGCAAACCUUUAGGCACUGAAAUGAAAGCACUAGUGUCUGCAAGUUCCGCUACUAUUACUGGAAACAUAAAGAAGGUGCAGACACACGGACAGAUCAUAGUUCAUCAGUAUAGUGAUGUCAUACGGCAAAUAGAAUCGGACAAUAUAGGAGAGGAACAAAUAUGUCUUCUUGUAGCGAACAUCAAUGAAUUUGUGUUAGCACACAGUAUAACACUGAACACCAAACCACCUGGCGAGACACCUGAGAGAUGGGACAAGAUCAAAGUAUCAUUGCAAAUGUAUCUACAGAAAUUGAUUGACAUCGGUGAAGAUGUGAAACUAGAAUUAAACGAGAGUAACCCGCAAUGGAAUCUAGUGCAAAAACAUCUUGAUACACUGAUCGGUAUCUUCUUAGAGACGACAAAAGCUGUGCUGGUGCAACAAAUGAAGACACUAGUAUCAAUAAUUGAAGAACCGCCAUCAGAUAUGAUACUUAAGAGUACACUGACAUCUAUCGGUCAUCUUGCGAUGUUAAGUGAGAACACAGAAAGUUCGUUACACGAGAAAUGCUCGAAGAUCAUGAAGAGUAUAACUGAAUUACCUUUUGUGGAGUGCGGUGUUCCGAGAGCUUUGCUCACUGCUAUUAUUGAAAGCAAUAAGAGCUCUAUUAAGGCGUUGUCAUUACGCGCCCUCGCUACUGUAUGUGUUACUGCGGAGGCUGUCAAACAAUUUGAGGAGGGUGGUGGUAUAGAAAUCUUAUCAGAUAUUCUGUCAGACCGCUCAAACCCGGAGCCUCAGAUGCGGGAGGCGAUCACCGUUCUCACGCAGAUCACGGCGCCCUGGAUGCGAGGUCAUUACGACCUCACGCAGCUGCAUCUCUACCUCAACUCCAUCGUUGAUAAUAUUACUGGUAUACUCUCAAGGACCGACUGUUGUCAACUUCUAUUACUAUGCACGGCGUGUCUCGUUAAUCUGGUCAGAGAAUUAGAACUAGAGAAGAAAUCUGACGAAGGAACCAACUCCGACAUCGUGGAAGUGAUCUCCAGACAUAGAACUAUCGAAAAACUGUUAGACGCUUUAAAACGGAGAGGACCCAACACAUCUGUCUUCCUACAGGAACAAACAGCGUCACUGAUCUCGUCGCUGUCCCGCGUGUCACGCUGCGUGCAGCCGCUGUCACGCUCGGCGGCAGUGAGCGCGGCGCUCGUGUGGUUUGCGCGCACGUCGCCGUCACUCGCGCCCGCGCCGCGCACUGCCGAGCUGCGGGCUCAGGCGAGGCUGCAUUGUCACGCUGCUGAAGCUAUCGCCAGAUUGACAGUAAUACCAGAAGUGGCGCAACAGAUGGUACAAUUGGAGUGCGUUCCUCAUCUUAUCCGUUUGGUUAGGAUGCAAAGAUCGCGUCCGCCGUUAGACACAAACCCAGAUCAGACUCUCAUACACUGUCUGAAAGGUCUAAGGACAAUAUACAAACACUACCCAGAAGCCUUUGAAGACAAAAAAGAUGUCGAAGAAAUGAUAAGACCAUAUUUAAUGGAAUCUUUAAUGCUUUUUUCCGCUAAACAAGAAAGUUAUGUUUAACACUUUCAGUGCAAACAUAACUUAUUUCUUUAGUAAGGUUUCUUUACAUAAAAAUCAUUGUGGCAUUGAAUGUGUUAAUUAAGGUAAAUAACAAAUAUUCUAAUUACAAUGCAUGAAUAAAAACAUGACACUUGAGUGUGGUGACGUUACUUUCUUGUUCAUACAAAAAUGUUAUGUACUAC